UGUGUGAGCUGGUUACAAAAACACCAGCCUCAAAUUCCUGUUUAUCAUCCGGCGCUGAAACUGGAUCUAGCCGUCCAACUGAUCACAGAUCCCUACCUGAUCCCUGCCCAUUGCAAUGGAUCCCCCAGUUUAGUGGGAAGCUGCUGGUUUGGGUUCGUGCAGUUCUACAAUAGCUGGCCCUGAGGUACUCAGCGAGAGAGAAUGCUUUAAUGUCCCCAUGUUGUACAAUAGCCGCAUGUUGGAGUGUGUGUAAUGACGCUGGGCCUGGAGGGGAAGCGCCCGGGUAGGCGGCUGCGAGAAUUGGUUGAAGACCUAUGGAUAUUUUCUGCCGGGUGAUAUCCGCACAUCAUCUGUACGAUCUGCUCACUCUAUGCAAACUGCUAUCGCGGCAAUGCAGCGAUUCUACAGGCUCCCAGUCACUGGAGUGCUAGACGAGACCACAGUGGAAUGGAUGAAGAAGCCACGAUGUGGUGUCCCUGAUCAGCCUCGGGUCACUCGCAGACAGAGGAGUAAACGCUAUGCACUCACCGGCCAGAAAUGGAGGCAGAAACACAUCACCUACAGCAUUCACAACUAUACCCCGAAGGUGGGAGAGUAUGAAACUCGGAGAGCCAUUCGCCGAGCGUUCGAUGUCUGGCAGAAGGUCACUCCGUUGACCUUUGAGGAAAUUCCUUACCAUGAGAUUAAGAGCAACAGGAAGGAAGCAGACAUUAUGAUUUUCUUUGCCUCUGGUUUCCAUGGUGACAGUUCCCCGUUUGAUGGAGAAGGUGGAUUCUUGGCACAUGCUUACUUCCCUGGGCCAGGAAUUGGAGGUGAUACUCAUUUUGACUCGGAUGAACCCUGGACAUUGGGCAAUUCCAACCACGAUGGAAAUGACCUGUUCCUGGUGGCGGUGCAUGAAUUAGGCCACGCCCUAGGCCUGGAACAUUCCAAUGAUCCCAGUGCGAUCAUGGCUCCCUUUUAUCAGUACAUGGAUACUGAAAACUUCAAACUACCACAGGAUGAUCUACAGGGCAUUCAGAAGAUUUACGGUCCACCGACUGAAAUCCUGGAACCUACGAGACCCCUGCCAACCAUCUCCGCUCGCAGGAUUCACUCCACCUCUGAAAGGAAACACGACCGACAAUCCCGACCCCCUCGACCCCCUUCUGGGGAGAGACCUUCCUACCCUGGCUCCAAACCCAACAUCUGCGAUGGGCAUUUCAACACAGUGGCUUUGUUCCGAGGGGAAAUGUUUGUCUUCAAGGAUCGUUGGUUCUGGCGCCUUCGCAAUAAUCGUGUGCAGGAGGGUUACCCGAUGCAGAUCGAGCAAUUCUGGAAAGGACUCCCAACCCGUAUCGAUGCAGCAUAUGAAAGAUCAGAUGGAAAAUUUGUUUUCUUUAAAGGAGAUAAGUAUUGGGUGUUCAAGGAGGUUACAGCUGAACCUGGAUAUCCUCAUGGGUUGGUGCAGUUAGGGAAAGGACUUCCUCGAGAAGGAAUUGACAUGGCUCUGCGCUGGGAACCUGUGGGAAAAACCUACUUCUUCAAAGGAAACAAGUACUGGAGGUAUAACGAAGAGAAGCAAGCGUCAGACCCUGGCUACCCAAAACCCAUCACCAUCUGGAAAGGAAUUCCCGAGGCACCUCAGGGUGCCUUUGUGAGCAAGGAAGGAACGUACACGUAUUUUUACAAAGGAAAACAGUACUGGAAAUUUGACAAUCAGAAGUUGCUUGUGGAGCCUGGGUAUCCGCGCUCCAUUGUCAAGGACUGGAUGGGAUGCAAUCACAAAGAUGUCAACACGAGCAAAGACCGUCGUCGGCCAAAUGACGAUGUAGACAUCAUGGUCCAGAUCAAUGACGUCCCCAGCACAGUAAAUGCCAUCGCUGUAGUCAUCCCUUGUAUCCUGUCCCUCUGUAUCCUGGUGUUGGUUUACACCAUCUUUCAGUUCAAGCAGAAAGGCUCACAGCAGAACCUGGUGUCCUGCAAACGCUCAGUGCAAGAGUGGGUCUGAAGAUCCGGGCACAAUAGGACAGGCGUUUUUAAAAUGUCAUUGGUUCAAACGAGGGCUAUUUGUGAAUGAGGCAGGAAUCUUCCAACCGUGGGAAAGAUGAUUUGACAGCCUAGAAUCUCUGAACCUUGGAGUAUUUGUGGUGUUUCUACCGACUGAACAAGGGAACCGAAAGGGAACUGGGAGACUCCUGCAACACACACGUUACUACAAUGCCUCAUUCAUGUUUUUGGUGUGCCAUUCUGUGUAGGCCCAGUCUGUGUGCGUACUUUAACACAUGGAUAGACCUUCCGUAGUGAAGAGGGAAAACCGCACAGGAGAAAUGAGGAUAAACUCCAUCUCUUUAAUUCUUCAUUCUGCAAAUCAACAUCUUCAGUGGAGUUGAAAGUUUUCUUGUUUGGGAUAGAGCUACACCACAAAAUAAUCCUGGAAAACUAAUAACAUCAAAGGAAGAAAUGUUGAAUAAGAAAAGAUUUUGCUGGUCAUGAUGAGAGACCAUAUAAUGCUACUUGAACAGAGAUUUUGAGUCUUAAAACAAGAGUGUAAUUUCAUUACACAUUAACUGGAACAAUAGGUAAAAGCGAAAAUGUGGAUUUGUGAAUCCACAGGGGAUUUUAAAAAUUUCAAUGUAUUUUGAAAUAAGUGGGGGCCAAAAUAUCUACAAUAGUUAACAGCCUUAAAACAUUUUCUUUUGUUAGUUGUUUGGUCAAGUCUUUGAAUGUCAACAUUAAUGAGUCUUUGUGAACCUUCAUCAGUAUGUCAUUAUAAAACUGUGACUAUGGCAACAAGAGGCCUGAUUACAUUCAGGACUAGGCCCUAGCAUGCAAAGCAGUCAGUGUUAGCAAUACCUGUCCAGUGUACUGGUAGAUCCAGAUCCAGAUGGUGCCACACAUCCAGUGUCCUCAAGUCAUUGAACAAACAGAAGUGCCAUUUGAUGGUCCCACAAGGAAGCUGGAGGAGUUAUCACCCGAAAGAAAGAACAAUGACUUGAAAAUGACCAGGAUUUGGUGGCUGAACUAAAUCGCAGUAUUAUUAUACCGUUACCACUUAGUCUUUGUGAAAACUGACUGAGUGACUGAUUAGUCAGUUAAUGACAUAAUCUAGAUAGAGCUUUUAAACUGCAUUUCAGAUGAAGCUGAUUUGCCAGUUGUUAAAAGUUUGUGUAGUCGAGCUGCUCUUGCUAUUGACUGUCAGUCACAAUGCUGCCCCAUUGCACUGAAUCUGGUAGAUGUAAAUGCUUUGAAAGAGGUUUGCAAUAGGACAUUAAUUGAAAGCAUAGUAAAAAGUUCUGAUGUACAGUUAAUCUUUUACUAAACAGGUUUGCCAUUUCAUAAAGUUUUUUUUAAAUCUUGUCUUACAAUAUUUGGGAAAUUGAUGAAAUGACAUUUAACAUCAGAUAUUUUAGAGUUUGUUUUUUGACCAAAAUUCCAAUUGACCCAUCUGAACUUGGUCAUGCAGUUAUAGACAGUGUUUCUUUGGGACUGGGAAGUUUCAGUUUCCAGCAGCAGAAAUAGGUUAUGACUGACUUCUCUCACCCAACAACAGUAAUGUGCUUAGUGGAUAAAAUGACUGGCCAAUAAACCAUGUUGCUGACUAAUGACUAUUUUAUCAUAGCAGUCAGUGUUACUUGCCUCCAUUUGAAAUUUCCUAUACCCACAGACUCCACGUGCAACAAUGGUAUUUUAUUUGGGUUUUUAGCAGCUACAGUUUGAGAAGAGCCAGCUAUUUUGUCAGAGGUAGCCAAGAUUAUUAUUCAUCAUUUCAUGUCUCCUGACAAUAUUGUCCAAUGGUUUAAAAUCUGUAUUGAUUCUUUAAUUGAGUUUUUAAGUAUCUCCCCACAAAACUGAUACAAACACAGACAAAACCAUGGGUCAAAGAUGUCCGUUGAUUUUUCUAAGUUUUUGGGAUGAAGUUAUGGAUCUUCUUAUGAAAAUGUUUAAGAUAAUUGUCUACAUGAAAACGAAUUGUACGAAUAUAUUGUUACUACAGUCGGGUAUAUGUGACAGUGACUGGAUUAGAGAGAGUCUUGCUGCAUUGAAACUGCGACCAUCAAUAAGUACUUGGGAGGUUUAAAUAAUAACCAAUUGUCAUUUAUUUUGUAAAUGUUCUCCCAUUUCCCUGGCCUUUUUGUCUUCCUCUAGAGACUGUACUGUAUCAGUAAAUAUUUUAGCAGCUAGACAAGGGACCAUUUUCAAUUAUUGCUGUCCUGAUGGUCAAGAGGAACAAUCAAUAUUUCUGUAACUUCUCAAUUAAUUUAAGAAUUAUUUUUGCAUCAAUUGAUUUCUUUAUUGGUUUUGAGUGCUCCAGCGACCCUGAUAUAGAGACUUUCUCUGGUUGUUUUACACAGACCAGCCUUCAGGUGUUACACAAUAUAUCCAGGUGGUUGUCAGCUGUAGCUGAUUUUAAAUUGCAAAUUGUUAAAUUUUUAAGUGCUUAUGUUGUUAAUUCCAUUCCUGUUCAUUUGUGGUACGGUUUCUGUUUCAACAUUCCACACUGUAACAUCCAUUUUCACACUCAACGUGGCUGCCAAAGCUGCUGUAUCAAUCAAAACGGUGGUCAGCCUAAAGUUUGUCUGUGUUGAAAAGAUCUGAUUAAUCACUAAUGCUCAAUGCAAUCUAAUGUUUUGUGCUCCAGUGGAAAUAUUGAGUGUUUGAGCUGAGCCUAAGGCUUACACAGAUGUAAAAGAUGAUGUAGGAAUUCUUUGCAAAAGUUUAACAAAAGUCAUGGAAAGUUUCAUUUAAGAUUGUCAUGUUUUUAUUCCCUCAACUUUCCAGUUGUUAUUAUCAUGUAAUAGUUAUGCAAAGUUUCCUUUGAGAGGAAAUGAAAACUUAGAUAUUUUGGAGUUCAUUUAUUGUGUAAUUUGAGUAAUUUACUUUGCCAAUGGAGGAGAAUCCGAGCUGAGCCCAAGACAUCCUGUUUGUUCCGAACAGGCACCUGGCUAAAUCCACUCCCCAAUCCCACCAACCCCUCCCCCACCCUAAACUCAUGUUCAGACAUUGUCAAAUAAAACUCAGGAACCUGCUACUCCAAGAAUUGGUGGUGUUAGACUGGCCAGCAACACCUUUAAGAACUUAGCCUCAGCAACAGGACCAGUUGAGAGAUUGUUAAAUCAAAUGAAAUCCUUGCAUUUAUUUAUUAAUACAGUACAAAAGCAAGGGAGUUAUUGCUAUACUUUUAUAAACCUCUAGUUAGGCUGCAAUUGGAAAACUGUAUCUACUUCUAAUUGCGGACACUACACUUUUGGGAAGAUGAAAAUGUCUUAGAGACUUGAAUGAGGGACUUCAGUUAAUGAGAUGAGACUGGAGAAGCUGGAACUGAUCUCCACAGAACAAAGAUGAUUAAAGGUCAAUUUAAUUUACUAUUUAUUCAAAGGGUUUUGAGAUAAUAAAUUUAGGAAGAUAACUAACCAGAGGGACAAAGAUUGAAGCCGAUUGAGAAAAUGCCAGAGGAGACAUGAGGAUAACUUACUUUAUGUGGCUAGAUGUUAUGAUCCGGAAUAUUCUGCCUGAAAGAACAAUGGUAACAGAUUCAAUCAGAACUUCCAAAAGGGGAAUUGGAUAAAAACCAGAUUAGGAAACAUUUCAGACAUAUGGGGAAAAGCAACAUGGAAUGCGAUUAAUUGGAUAGUACUGCCACAGAAACAUAAAUGAACUCAUUAAUGUAGCACCUUCUAAUAUAGGAAACUUCCUCAUGGCUUUUCAAAGACAUAGUAGAUAAAAACAGAUAGCCAACUAAAGACCUGGGUAGAGAAGAAGAGGUUUAUGGAGAAAUGCUUGUGUUUAGGAUUGUUGGUAACUGAAGGCAUGGUCAUUAUGUAGGGAUUCACAGAUUAGGUUGUUUCAGAGAUUAAAACUGGAGAAGUACAUAGAUUUCAGGGAAGUGUGGGACAUAGAGUGGCUGUAAACAGAAGAGAAGAAUUUUACAAUUGUAAUUAAUAAAGCAUGAGGGUUUCAGCACCAGACAGUGAUUGGUAGCUGGGGAUGUGGGGGAACAGGUGACCUGAGAGAAGGGAAAAGUCAGGCAUUUGGUCAGAAUGGGGGAGAUGUGGAGUUAGAACAUCAGCUCAGGGUUGAAUGGGACAGAGGCUGUGAACAGUGGUUCAACUUGAUUCACAAUCUGUGAUGUUACUAGAACCCACUAAUAAAUCUGUGGCAGAACUUCUACAAUAGGAUAUAACCAUAUUCAUGCUAUUAUCUGAACAGGUUUUAAAAAAAUUAAAUGAAAUUCCCUUUUUCAUUUUGGUGUAAAGAUUGGCUCCUCAACUUUCUGCUCUCAAUAUCCUUUUAUUUCUGGGUAAAUGUUGUUUGGCAAGAUGCAGUUUUCAGUGUCAAACUGAGCUCUUUCUUUCACUUUGAGCCUGUCAAACUGUUACUUGCUCUGAAAGUGCUUGGAUUAAGGAGAUUAAAGUUAGUACUGGUUCACUCUUUGUUUCAGGAUUUACAUUUUUACUGAUAUGAAAGACAGACUGACUACAGGCAGUUCACAAUCUAUACUGACUGUGCAAAAAUCAGGACAGGCAACAAAAAUUCCACGGUACAAUUUUAAAGGGGUGAAUGUACUCAAAUCUUUACAGGUGAUAACACAACACAAAUUGAGAAGGCCGUUUAAAAAAGCAGAUUGGUUCUCUGACUUUAUUAAAUGAGCGCUGGAGUACAAAAAUUAGGAGAAUUUUUUUUCGAACCGUAUAGGCUCCAGCUGGAAUUUUGUAUCCACUUCUUGUACUGCAUUUCAGGAAUGAUGUCAUGGCCCUCAAUAGCAGGAAUGGGGACAGCAGUUAUGUGGAAGGAUGGAAAAGCUGAGAUUGUACUCCUUUGAACAAAACUAUUUAAGGAGAUUAAAGAUAGGUAUUUAGAUUGUAUUUAUUACUACCUUAUUUUGGUAUACAGUAAAUCCUCAUAAAGUAAUGGUGGCAUUUGUGAAAUUGUGACCUUAAAUGGGAUUAAUCAGUGAGUCUCACAGACAUCCAUGUUAAAGCCAGCACUGGGUUCCUUCAGACAUUUCUCACCUGGAGGAAAGAAUGUAAAACUUGAACUGCUAUGCUACAGAUGCACAGCACUGUGCAUUCUCAGCUAAAAUAACUUACAAGAUAAAGUACAUCACUGAAUAAAAAAGGAAUACAUUAAAAACUGCCAAACUGAUACAAAAUGUUGAAGCUUUUUGUCACAUUCUUCAUAUUCAUUAAGACGAUACACAACCUAUAUAUUAAGAGUAACAGCAUAAGCCAUGUGCUGUUUCAAAAUCAUUAUCUUAUUUCCAACAUACUCCUCAAAGAAGCUAUUGACAUUUGAAGUAUGUCACUUUAUAACAGAGAUUGAAAUGUGCGACUGGUGUCCAAUUCUGUGUUCAUUGAAAUCAUGAACUUAGAAACUUGGUUGAGUUCAGUUUCCAUGAUACCAUGUGCACCCACAUAGCUGAGGCUGCCACAUGAUCCCCUUUGGACCCAGCACUUGCUAACAAAUCGUUGGUUACCUUGACAAGCAAAACUGCGAUGAUUGACCUCUCAAUCCUUACAUAUUUCUGAUUUAAAUGUUUGCAAUAUUUGAAUCUGCAGUAGCAUCAAAGAAUUUCUUUACCU